CACCGAAUAUUUUCCCUUGUAUGUCGCGGGUGCGUAUCGCGUUUCCGUUGCAAAAAGAGUGGGGCAAAAGAGGCAUCUACCCCUCUUCUUCUCGAUGUUCUAAGUCGAUGUCGACGAGAACAGAGUCUCAGGAUCGAAACGACCAUCCAUUCGUCGAGUAGGUCACAGUCGUUCGUAUCUGUUCGUUUCGUUCGGAUAUCUUUUUACCAACGAUCGAUUUAUCUAUUAUUUUUUAUCUCGAUCGAUCAACCCUUACCAGUUCUCGAUUUUUCACGAUCUCUCGAUGAAAGGUUCUCUCGUCGAAUUUAUCGCGAGCAACGAAUGCAUUUACAUACAAGAGAGAGAAUUCAAUAUAUUCUCGAUAACGAUAAAUAGGAUAUAGAGAAGAAGAUCCUUAUAAUCGACGAAAGAGAUCUCUUUUCAACGAACGAGGAUGAGUACCAUGGUCCAUCGUCGUUUACCACGUUUCUUUUUUCUACUUUCCUUAAUCCGAUUUUCAAACGCUGGAAAACCCGUCGAUGUUCUCUCUACCAGUGGCUUCAGCGUCUUCAAGGAAGACGAGAUUCUUCGCAUUUUUUCACCCAACAAGACGGAUCCCUCAGAUAAUUUCACCAUCGUCGAUUUCAUCAGUACCUUGGAAAAUCACACUGCGGAUAGAACGGACAAGGUUGUCUGGAAGAUAAUCAAUUCCGAAACAAUUGCCACCAAUCCGUAUUACGAUACCUUCACCGAAGAAAUCGAUCUGGAAGCUAGUAAAUUGUUAAAAAUUGUACCUGCAUAUGAUCCUGGUGCAGGUACUGUCAGUACAGAAUGCAAAAGGGAUGCUGAGAAAUUUCAUCGUGAGCUCAAUAAAUUUACUUUGUGGGCUUUAAAAAUGUAUGAUGCAACGGCCAAGAUACCAUCUGGUCUUUUAAAUGGUAAUGUGAAUCAACUCGGUGAUUUCGAUGAAUGCGUCGAAACCGUAGGAAACGAUGGUAUUCAGGGACAAUAUUGUUUGGCUUAUUUGCAAUUGGAUAUUGAUGAAUCUCGACCUGAUUUGAAACAUCUUCAUCGUCUUCUCCAUUCUCAUUACAUACUCAGAAGCAACGUAACAGACCCAGGGCACAGAGUACCACGUUUUAGUACAGUGAAUUGGGCCGUCUGUACACCAGCAUCUUGUUCCUUCCGUGACGUUGAGAUCUCUCUUCGCGAUACUCUAUCCAAAUAUACAUCUCAAAGUGGAUUAAAGAUUUCAGUUCGCGUCGAUCGAGAUAUGUGUCAGAUGAAAAAUAAUCAGCCACUUCCAAGAGAAACCAUUUUCGUGAGUAUUUUCUUCGUUUUCGCGGCAGUAUUAACUCUGAUUGCUGCAUAUUACGAUCAUUGUAAAUCGUCGACGAGCGAAAUUCUUUUGUCCUUUUCGCUGAAACGCAACUUUCACAAACUUAUCUCAUUGGAAAGAGCUGAAGGGGACAUAGCAACGUUACAUGGAGUACGAGCAUUCAAUGCCUUAAUGUUAUUAUUAGCACAUAAAAGUAUGGCACUAUUCUACAAUCCUUACACCAACAGGACAGACAUGAGCGAGUAUUUAGGUGAACCAUGGACGGUCGUAGGCAGAGCUGCCAGUCUUUACACCGAUCCAUUUAUCAUGCUCUCUGGCCUUCUUACCGCGUAUUCUUUUCUUGGAAGAAUAAAAAAAACUGGCCAUUUGGAUAUUAAAAACGAAUAUCUCUCGCGAUUUUUGAGGCUGGUACCGACUUUAGGGGCAUUGAUAUUAUUUUGUACUUAUAUCAUGCCGUAUCUUGGUUCUGGACCUCAAUGGAAUUUAGUUGUGACACAACAUGCUAAUAUAUGUAAACAAACGUGGUGGAGAAAUUUCUUAUUUAUUCAUAAUUAUUUUGGAUUUGAGAAUAUGUGUUUGACGCAUACGCAUCACAUAGGUAUAGAUACUCAACUCUUUGCACUGUCUCCUCUACUGGUAUUGCUCUUGUAUAAAAAACCAAAGAUCGGCAGUAUCAUACUUCUUGCUUUAGCUGUAUUCUCGACAAUAUUGAGAUAUUAUGUUACAUAUUUUAAACGUCUUAAUAAUUAUGUUUACUUUGGUAUUUCAAUAAAACAACUUUUUGAUACGGCUAAUAUGUCGUAUAUUUUACCGAGUCACAGAUUAACCGUAUAUAUUAUUGGUAUAUUUGUUGGAUACUUACUCCGAUCUUUACCUAAAGAAUAUAAAAUGACAAAAACUACCUCUUACACAGGCUGGAUUUUGUCUACGGUAAUGUUCUUUGGUUCCGUUUUUGGUCCAGCAAAAAUGGGAUCUAUCGAUUAUACUUAUAAUCCAAUGCACGCAGCCACGUAUAAUGCUUUCGCUCCUAUCGGAUGGUGCGCACUUUUCGCUUGGAUAAUAGUGGUACAUCAAACAGGAAAUACAAAUGGAUGGUUAAGCAGAAUUUUAGCUUGGAGAGGAUUUGUAAUUACCACGAGGCUCAGUUAUGCGAUUUAUUUAACGCAAUUCCCCGUAUUUUUCUACAAUGUUGGACAGACUCGUAGUGCCGAGUAUUAUGACUUUUUAAAAUUGGUGUUCAAUAUCAUAGAAAUGGUAUGGAUCCUUAUCGCAUCCGUUAUUCUUACUCUGCUCUUCGAUACGCCCUUUCAAAACAUUAAGAAUUAUUUGCUAAAAAAGCAAAUGCUACGAGAACAAAUAUCAAAGCCAUUGAAAUUGGAAUAAUGUAGCAAAAGUAUACCAAAUAUAUUUUAUUCUCCUACCAAAAUUAUAGUUAAGUAUUGUAAAUAGUCUCGACGAACUAUACGCAUAUACACACACACGCACGCACAGACACACACAUAUAUAUUUCCUGGUUAUAGAAAUUAAGUAUAAAUCUCGUUACUUGCCAUCAUAUACAAUGUAUAUGACAGUCAAGAAAAAGUAUUUGUAUCAUACAUACAUGUUAUGAAUAUUCAAAUAUUUACAUUGUAAAUAAUAUUAUUAUAUUAUUCUUUUCCACUAUAUUUUUAUUAUCUUCU